AUGAGCGAUUCCCAGCCCCAGCAAGCCAGCGGCGGCCAGCAAGGUCAACAGCUGCUACGGCCCGAUGAUAUACUUAAGCUGCAAUGUCUCCCAGAAGACGAGAAGCAGAAGUAUCGCUUAAUCAUGCAGAACUUCUGGACCAUCUUCAAUAACAACCCGCAAGGCAGUCAGGAAAAUACCAACGCGCGUCAGAAGCUAACGGAAUGGUCGCAAAAGUUCAUCGGACGCGAACGCCAAUACCGCGCCAAGAUGAAGGCACAGCAGCAACAGGGAAAUCAACCCCAAGGACAAGCUGGACAGUCUAGUGCAGCCGGCCAGCAGAACGCUAACGCUGUCAAGCAAGAAGGGGGUCAAGCUCAAGCCCAAGGCGUCAGCGCGCCAGCCAACCCGCAACCCCAAGGACAGCAGUCAUCCAACCAAGCCCAGAACCCAGGGCGCGGCCAAGUUGAUCCUGCUAUCGUUAAGCAUGUCCACGACUUCCCUAUGCAGGGACCAACGAAUGGACCUACGCCGGGCACACCCGAGUACGAGAAUAAAUUGAAGGAGUACCGGACUGGUUAUCUGAACAUGCUUGCCAAACAAGCUACCUUGACCGAGCAAAGACGGAGGAUUAUCCAAGAAUUGACUGAACGGCAGAACAACGGGCAGGAACUACCUCAGGAGCGGCUCAUGAUGAAGAACAACAUCGAGAAGGAAGCUGCCAAGAUCAAGGCUCAGAUUGAUAAGUUCAGGGCCAUGCAAAAGCAGUGGAAGGAGGAGCGCGAGCAAAACUCCCAAGGCCAGGCACAACCUCAAGGUCAGAACCCAGCGCAAUCGCCCCCUCAGCAACAACAACAACAGCAGCAGCAGCAGCCACAACCGCUUCAGCGCCAGCCUUCACUGCCUAACAUGCCUGCGCAACCUCAGGUGAAAGAGGAGCCGCAGAUCAAGAUUGAGGGCGGACAGGCACCACAACCACAACCACAAACUCAACCCCAACCUCAACCACAGUUCAAUAUGCAGACAGGCCAGGCAAAUCACCAGCAGGGACCACCACAGCAGCACAAUCAACAACACAAUCAGCAGCUUCCGCCUUCACUUCCGCAACAGCAACAAAUGCAACAACAGCAGCAAGCUCGACCUCCACCAGCGCCUCACUCGCAGACGAUGCCACCAAACCAGAUGCCGCAGUUUGCGCAACAAGGACAGCAGCAACAGAACUUCCACCAACAGCAGCAGCAACAACAGCAGCGACCUCAAAUCAACCCCAUGCAAGCGAAUACGCACCAGCAGAGCAACUCACCACACCCACAAUCAGCCGCAUCGAACGCGCCUGGUCCGCCAGUCCCUCUCUCACACCAAGCCGCAGUCAGUGCCGCGAACCGAUCCUACACUGAUCCCCAACGCACAAAUACCCCGAUGCAGCAAGGCGGACAGGGCGGCAACUUUGGAAGCCGCGAGCGCGAGCAGCUGAACAACCCAAAGAUGCCUAUCCCACGCCAUCUGAACGUGACUUCACCACAAGCCGUCCAUAUGGGACAAGCUCGACCUACCAUGAGCGGUCCUACAAAUGGCGCGCCCGGUCCAAUGGGUCAGCCUGUCAUCCCACGACCACCCCCAUUCCAGCUCGAAGGUGAGGGCGACCGGGUACUCAGCAAGCGCAAAUUGGACGAGCUCGUUCGGCAGGUAACAGGCGGAUCAGAGGAGGCGUUGACACCAGAGGUUGAAGAGGCUGUCCUUCAACUCGCCGAUGACUUCGUCGACAACGUCAUCAGCAACGCCUGCAAACUCUCCAAGCUCCGCGAUUCACCCCAGCUCGACAUCCGCGACAUUCAAGUCAUACUCGAGCGCAACUACAACAUUCGCAUUCCCGGCUACGCAUCUGAUGAAGUGCGGACAGUGCGCAAGAUUGUUCCUGCACAGGGUUGGGCGAACAAAAUGAGUGCUGUCAAUGCUGCGAAGGUCAUGGGCGGAAAAGCGGACUUUUAG